CGGUCGAUAAUUCUAGAUUAUUCGAGUAUUUUCCCCACGGAAACGUGGUGUGUGUUGUUGGUCUAGCAACAAAGCUUCGUUGCUACGGUUUAACGAAUAUUCAACGUGUCGGCUUUUCUCUCGUUAAGUGAUUUGCGUCGACUCACGAGUAUUGAGGAAUAAUGACGAAGGAUCAAUUCGAUGGAAUGUUGCUGGCAUUGGCACAGCAACAUGAAGGCGGUGUCCAGGAUUUGUUAGACACUAUCUUCAGUUUUCUAGCGAGAAAAACAGACUUUUAUACCGGAGGUGGUGAAGGGGCAGCUGAAAAGCUUGUCAUGAGCAAAUUCAAGAAAUAUGAGGCUAAUGGUGUCGCCAAGGCUGCCUCCGAUAAAGCAGAAAGACUAGAGCAAGAGAAAAGGCGUAAAGAGAGACUUGAUAAGAAGAAAAAGGAAGAACAGGCCGAGGAAUUAAAACUAGAUAACGAUUCUAGAAUAGUUGAAUUAACUGAUGAACAAGCUGUUAAAUUACAAGAAGAGAUAGACAACAAGAAAUUAGCAAAUGAUCUCGCUGCUGUCGCGGGAUCUAGCAACGACCGUGAUGACAGCGCUAAGAAUGAAAAAGAUGAAAGUACUGAUUCUAAGAACGGCAACGUGUCAGAUGAGGAAGAAGACGAGAAGGAGAAAAACAAAUUGAAGCCUAACAGCGGUAAUGGUGCAGACAUGCCGAAUUACAGAUGGACACAGACUCUUGGAGAGGUUGAGAUUAGAGUGCCGCUAAAGGUAAGUUUUUCGGUGAGACCCAGAGACGUGGUCGUGUCGAUCGCAAAGAAACACCUGAGCUGCGGAUUGAAAGGCCAUCCGCCAAUUCUCGUUGGGGACUUUCCGCACGAGGUCAAACUCGAGGAAUCUACUUGGGUAAUUGAGGACGGAAAACUAUUGCUAAUUAAUCUGGAAAAGGUGAAUAAGAUGCAAUGGUGGGCACAUGUUAUAACGAGCGAGCCAGAAAUUAGCACGAAGAAAGUGAACCCCGAACCUAGUAAACUCUCUGACCUCGAUGGAGAGACAAGAGGUCUCGUGGAAAAGAUGAUGUACGAUCAGAGACAGAAGGAACUAGGACUUCCGACAUCCGAUGAACAGAAGAAGCAGGACGUCAUUAAAAAGUUUAUGCAACAACAUCCCGAAAUGGACUUCUCAAAGUGUAAAUUCAAUUAAAAAAAUUUAGUAACAUGCUUAAUGCUACUCCACUAUUAAUAUGCAUAUAUGUAUGUUAAUACUGGAAUAUCAUUAAGCGCGUUAAUAAAUUUUUUUAUAAUGUAAAAAAAUGGCAAAGAAAAUGAGAGAAUAAUUUCAAGAAACUGUUCGAUCGAGUUAGCAGAACUCUGUAUAUAAAGCAUUAUAGUCUAUCACUGUGCUGCCAUCUUUACAACAGCAUUGACUUUACAACUGUAUUCCUCUUCAACAUGAGAACAUCGCACGUAGAAGACCGCAUAUUAUAACGAUAAAAAUCAAGAUGGUAUCUCAAUAUAUAUAUAAUAUACAUUGAUAUUAUUCAGAUACAUCUUACUUUUCUACAUUCUCUCUCCAUGUUCUUAUAUUGUUGAAGAAGAAUACAAUUGAAACACAAUACUGUUGUGAAGAUGACAGCAAUGUUAGACUACAACGUUAUGUACAGUUCUAUUAAUUUGAAUGUUUCUCAAAAUUAUUCUUUUAUUUUCUUACCACUUUUUUCCAUUUUAUUUACGUUUCCUUAUAAAUUCUUUCUAUUAAAUGAUAAGAAAAGCGAUAAUAGAAAAAAAAAUUAGAAUUGUAUGAAAGAGAUGUAACAUUGAAAAUAGUAGCAGUAGUUCCUCUGAUUCCCGUUAAGGAUUACGAAUUUAAAAAAUCCAUAUAUUUAUAUGUGUGGGAUAUAUGGGUUUGAAUUGUAACCUGUUACUCACGAGCUUGUCACUUCUAUACGAAGCUGCACAACAACUGUUUUUAUUCUUUUCCCGAUGUUUUUUUUUCAAAUAAAAGAUUAAUUAAAAGAAUAAUGUGAAUUAUUUACAGUGUUAUUUUGCAUUAGUAAAAAUGAGUCUGAAAGAAAUAUUUGCAUAUACGAUUAUAAUAUACAAGUUUUGGAAAAGAACAAAAAUGGUAGCUGAAAAAUAUUGAGAAUUUAUCAUUUGCUACAUGACUAAAAAAAUUGUUGUUUUUUUUUCUAUUUAUCUGCAAAGAAAAGAGAAUUCUAAUAAAAAUUGAAUAGACUGAAGAGUUAAUGAUACUUUUAUUUUUUUUUUAAUUAAUAGGCUAAAUCAUAUUUAAAAAUUACAAAAUUUUAAUUUAAAACAUUCAAAUUGGAAAAUUUUGAUUUUUUGUUUUGUUUUGUUUUAAUUAUGUCGUAGCAAAUGAGCAAUAUCUCUUAUGGUAAAGAUGACAACAGGAAACCUUUGAUAAAAAUGUAGGAUGAGGAUCAGAAUCCCAGGACUUCUUGAUUACGAAUCGGUCGCUUUCGCAAUCAAUUACACAUUACCCUAAGUAAACAGAUAAAUGAAAAACGAUAUAAACUCGUAUAAUUGACCGCAAUAAUUUCCGCAUAAGUUACACUUCAUUCCCUGUCUUCUUAUAUAAAACGAUACAAUUUUGAAAAAAAAAAAAAAA